CGCAGUUGGGAGCUCAGACCAUCAUGGCUACUGGUGGAGUGUGGACGUUGAGAGAAGUGAUACUGUGUAUUGUAGUGUGUGUAGCCCACGAUGUGUGUGGUGGACGCCGUACUCAGGCAAAGAUCGAAGCUAUACUCACAUCAGGUGCCAGUCCAAAGUUGGACCAUGAACAUGUGUUGGUGGCUGGUGAGGAAACGGUACUGGAGGUGUGGGGCUUGGGACUGUCCAAGGGGCUGGAGGCAGGGCUGACGGCGGCGCAGGGGGUGCAAGGGGCGCCUUGCCAGUCCCUUAUCACGCCUCCCUUGAUUCCUAAUACCGAUACUGUUACCCAUAAACACGCCGUGUUUACCGUCCCGGCUGGCCACACCGGUCACAUCCCUGUCAUAAGCACCAUGGAGCUGUGGUUGUGUACUCGCGAGCAGCACACCUUCAGCAGUGGGCGAGCCCGUCACACAGGCGGCUGGGUGCACCAAGGUCCUCCUUCAAGAGUUGUGUUGGUGGUGAGCCCUAAGCUGGCUCUUGACAGUCCUCGGCGCGUCCACCACAUCCCGCGACGUGCCCAACACAAGCUCAGCUUGCGGAGUGUGGACCGGGCGUCUCUGGCAGCCACAACCCCGCCACAUGUUGCAAACACAACAGUUGCCGGUGCUGACGCGCACGGUGACGCAGCGGUGACGCACGGUGAAGCGGCGGAGGUGACGCACGGUGACGCAGCGGUGACGACGGUAGAGAGUGACGGGGAGGUGGAGGUGACCACGCCGCUCCCCGUCACGAAGAUAGUGGGAGACGGAGCCGUCGCUGGCAUCCAGGGCGAGGAACUAACUGAUGGAAAGAGAGAUGGGGGUAUUGAUAGUGGCGUAGAAGAUACUUCAAACAUGAAAGUGAGCGAGUUAAAACGUGAAGUGGAAGAAGCGAAGCUGAAAAAACCUGGGGACAUAAUGUUGGGGGACAUGCCCUCCCUGGAACCAAAUGGGUCGAGAACUAGUAACGCUGAGCCAACAACUGUGAAGACGUUGUUGAGGGACGAGAUCAGAACUAACGCAGCCAGGGCAGGCGUGAGGGCGAGUGAGAAAUUUGUGGAAGGCGGGAGGAAAGAGGUUGAUCUUGGUGAUGACUUGAUGAAUAUUAUGAAGGAGGAACUGGGAGCGGCCAACUUGGACAUGGGGGAAGGUUGGGACGACAACCCUGGGUCUGAUGCCAACACUGAUGCCACCGUCACUACUGCAGGAGCCGCGGUCAGACGGCAGGUCAGGAUCAUUGGCCUCAGAGUGGAGUCCCACACCAAGGGCAUAGAGUACGAGGGCUUCACUGGCAUCGUCCUGGCCAACGAGGCAGCCACAGUGCGGUUCUUCGGCGAGGGCAUGAACCCCUCCACGGAGAUCCUCUUCACCGCCAACCAGGGCGACUACGGCACCACCUGCGGCGCCAGCACCACCAGGGCCUUCAAGAUGUCUGACCUGGGCGACGGAUGGGCAACAGCCAACAUCGACCUACCGUCCAUGCGCGCUGACCAGAAGUUCUGGUACCUGUGUGUUCGCGAUAGUGACCAGGACCUGGCCUACCACCAGGGCAAUGACCCUUGGAUCACAAUGUCCUCCUACAACCUCCUCCUGCCGCUCUGGAUACAGGCGGUGUUCCUGGUGGUGCUGCUGCUGUUCUCCGGCCUGUUUUCUGGCCUUAACCUGGGUCUGAUGGCGCUGGACAAAACUGAGCUGAAGAUAGUGUCGAACACGGGAUCACCAGACGAGCGGCGGUAUGCACGAGCCAUUGAGCCAGUGCGGCGCCACGGCAACUUCCUGCUGUGCACCCUCCUGCUGGGCAACGUCCUCGUCAACUCCUCCCUCACCAUCCUCCUCGACAACCUGUCCUCGGGGCUCAUCGCCGUCAUCGGCUCCACUAUUGCCAUCGUCGUCUUCGGCGAGAUCAUUCCACAAGCCAUCUGUUCGCGUCACGGGCUGGCCAUCGGGGCGAGGGUGGUGUGGCUCGUCAGGGUGCUCAUGGUCAUCACUGCUCCAGCAGCCUAUCCUAUCUCAAAGAUGUUGGACUGCGUCUUGGGUGAGGAGAUCGGCAACACCUACGACAGAGAGCGCCUCAAGGAGCUUAUUAAGGUAACACAUGAUCACAAUGAUCUGAAGAAGGAGGAGCAGAACAUCAUAUGUGGAGCCCUGGAGCUGCACAAGAAGACUGUGGGGGAGGUCAUGACCAAACUAGACGAUGUAUACAUGCUCAGUGUUGAUACUAUACUAGACUUCAAUACCAUUAAUGAAAUAAUGCAGCAAGGAUAUUCACGUGUGCCUGUUUUUGAGGGGGAACGUACAAAUAUAAUCGCAGUUCUGUUCAUCAAGGACCUGGCAUUUAUUGACCCAGACGAUAACACACCCCUGAGAACACUAAGCCAGUUCUAUCAAAAUCCCUGCAACUUUGUCUUUGUUGACACAACACUGGAUGUCAUGUUUAAAGAAUUUAAAGAAGGUGCAAAGGGUCAUAUGGCUUUUGUUCAUCAAGUUAACAAUGAGGGUGACUGCGAUCCAUUUUAUGAGGUAUUGGGCCUUGUUACUCUAGAAGAUGUCAUAGAGGAGCUAAUUCAAGAGGAAAUUGUGGAUGAAACUGAUGUAUUCACUGACAAUCGCACUAAACGUCGUCGUCUACACAUUGGCCGACCAGACUUUACAGAGUUCUCCCACCCGGCCAAUCAGCCAAAUCUAAAGCGUGUACAGAUAUCUCCUCAAUUGCAAGUGGCAGCUUUGCAGUAUCUUCGCACAUCUAUUGAACCAUUUAAAGAAGGGCAACUCUCAGAAAUGAUAGUUAAAAAGCUUCUGAAUCAAGAUGUUAUUCACAGUAUAAAGUUGCGGAACAAGGAACAUUCCAAAACUGAUCAGCAUACCUUCAUAUACACACAGGGAAAACCAGUUGAUUUCUUCGUACUAAUACUGGAAGGUCAUGUGGAGGUGACUAUAGGAAGAGAGAACUUGACAUUUGAAAGUGGACCAUUCACUUAUUUUGGCUUGGCAGCGCUCUCACAGGCCCAGACUAUAGGAGAAUCACCAUCUGCAUCCACUCAGCUUAGUAAAGGAAGCAUGGUGGGCAGUGUUCAGUCUCUUGAUUCUACAAAGUUUACCUUCCUGCCUGAUUAUUCUGUUCGUGCCAUUACAGAGGUGAUGUACCUGAAAAUUCGAAACACGCAUUAUAUUGCUGCUCGUCGUGCCUACCUUCUAGAACAAGCACAAAGGGAGCCACUUGGAGGAGAAAAUUUUGAGAAUGAGAUUGCCAAAAUGCUAAUUGAGGAUGAAGGACCAAAUUCACCAACCUGGGAGAAUACUCCAGUCACUGCUCGCAACCCUAAGUUUUCAGGUAUGGCAAAUGGAUCUACAGUACAUGCCUUUGAGGAAAGUGAAGAUAUUGAAAUGGCUAUACAGAAUCUAAUGACGAGUGAUCAAGAAAAGAAUAAAUCUUCAGCAGCUACUAAUGGUGGCCUCAAGAAUUCAAUUUCAGUACCUGGAACCCCUAUCAGUGACCAUAGUCAAAUCAGUAUAAAGCCAAGUUGCAGUUUCCAAAAUUUACAGGAUGUGCCAGCAUUAGAAAGCAAUGUCAAUGUUCACUCUACACAGAAGAAUGAUAAGAAACCUUUGAUAUCAGAAAUUGGCAAUAUAUCUUUUUCCAAUAACUUGAGUACAAGUUCUAUUGAAGACAAUGGUGAGCAGAAAGUUGUUGGAAGCCCAGAUGUGAUGCCAAACAUGAAUAGCCAUGCAAGCCUUGACUAUAAACAGAGUAAUCUUGACAGUGAAGGGGUCUUUGCUCAUAAACGCAAGUCAUCAUUUUCUUGAGAAAGGGCUAAGCAGACAAGUAUAACACUAGUUUACAUAUUAAUUAAAAUAAUAAAUAAUAAUUAUUUGCACAUUAAAUUAAUCAUAUUUAAUUCAAGAAAUAAAAUAUCUAAUUUGAAAUAUACAAAAUCAAAGGAAAAACUGGUACUGAGGGUUGUAGCCAAUAUUGUUAAAGAUUUUAGGGAUAGAUGACAAGACUUAGUAACUUGUGAAAGUGCUUGACUUGAUGAGUAAUCUAUUAAUAACUAUGACUUUAGAGAUGUCCUUCAAAUUAUUAGUAAUAAAGUUAGCAAUAAUGAUUGACUUAGGUAAGUGUUACUGGUAAUUUUUUUUAGUCAUGAUGUAGGUAAGUAUCAAGAAUGAGAUGUUCUUUGAAGUGAGAGUCUGAGAAUGGUUAAUAGCAUCUUUCUUAUAGUCUAGGUAUAAUAGUGUACCAUUAUUGAAGUUCAAGAAUGACUGAAUAAGAUGCUUUUUUAUGAUGAAUGUGAGUGAGGUAUUUAUUUUUUCAGAAUUUUUUAUAAUUUUCUUAAAUUGGUAGGUUUUUAAUUUUUCAUUGGCUUUUAACCCAGAGUUUGUUCUGUUCUGCAGCUUGGGCUUAUAGCCUAUAUUCAAGGUAAAAAUUUUAAUUGUUAUUCCUCAAAUAAGAAUUUUUUAGAAUUUAUGUAUUUGCAUGUUUAAGUUUUUGUGUUGUGACCAAUAUUACUUUUAUUUAUCAAACUAUGCAUUAUAUUAUUCCUUGCCUUUAUUGGAUAUGAAAGCAAUACUUAUAUUAAGCAAGCAAAAGACUUAUUUUUUAACUCGUCUCAUUUAUGUAUACUGUACUGCAAUAUAUAAUUUGUUCUGGGGGAGCCCCGUCGGCUCUCCAGACCUAUCCUGGCUGAUAUGGAUAUAUUAGCUUUCUGGCAUCAGUUGAUGUGCAUGGAGUUCUUGCCUACCAGGAACCACGAGCCAGAAC